AUGAUUUUUGGAAUUUCUUGUGGUCAGAUAAAGCUGUACUGCAGGCCCUCCUUUCAUCGGCAAAUCGAUUUCAUGCGUGAAAAAGUCUUGGAAGAAAAACAUGCUGGCUAUGGUCUUGGUCCUCCUGGAACGGGAAAGUCAACCGCCGCUCUGGUUUUUGCGAUAGCUAUUGAUAGGACCAGAUGGGAUGUUAUCUGGGUUCACGUCGAAGGUGUAUAUACAAAGUGUGUGCAUCUGAGCGUUCAAGAGCGAAAGAGUGGAAUCAUUGAUAGUGAAACGUUAAAAGCAGUGUUGAGAUCCGCCAAUGCUCAGAACUGUUUGGUGCUUGUUGAUGGAUGGACCUUUGAGGAAUAUAGAGGAAAGCUGGAAUUCUUGUGCUUCAAAUGGUAUACCAGUGCAAAUGUUCCUGGAGAGAAACGACUCGUGUUUAUAUGCUCUGUGACCUCUCGUGGAAAAGCUAGUGUAGAUUUUGAGUAUAAUUGGAAGAUAUUGGAGCAUCAAGUUUGGUUUUGGACAUUGGAUGAAUACCUUGACGCAAUUAACGACAAAGAUUUUUAA